AUCUGUCUCAAAAACGUUCUAGAUUUUAUAAACUCACACAAUUAUAAUUCCCCCGUCUGCAUAAACCAUCUUCACUUUACCUCUGUAAUAAUUCCCACAUUCUCUCACUAUCUCUCUCCAGAGAUAAGACUCGUAAGAUUCUUCUGCAAGAUCCACCAUUAAUUCAUCGUCAAUUUUGAAUUCAUCAUCUCCAUCUUUUCCCAUCAAUAAAGUGUAUUACACACACUGACACACACACAAGGUCAUACUACUAUAUGGUCACAUGGGUCACCCGAAUAACCACCAAUCCAGUGGCAGCACCGAUGGCAGCAGCGGCAUAUCUAAACGAGUCAACAGUCCUCGAUUUUCCGGUCCAAUGACUCGCCGUGCUCAAUCUUUUAAACGCAACACCACCGCCACUACCCAAAUUAAUAACAAUAACAACAAUAAUAGUAGUACUAAUAAUACCCAAUACGAGAUUGACCUCCCAGUCAACUCACCUAGAUCUGAACUCGCUGCUUCUGCUGAUGGGUUUGAUUCAAACGCUGAAAAGAAACAACCCCAUUAUCACAAUUUGACACAGAGACUUCACACUAAGAAGCAUGAUGGAGGAACAAUGGCAAUUAGUGUUGAUUUGAUUUUGGGCGGGAAGAAGAAGUUAGGACAGUGGAUGUUCUUUGUGUUUUGUGGGCUGUGUUUGUUUUUGGGGGUUUUCAAGAUUUGUGCUAAUGGCUGGUUUGGAUCUGUUAUUCAAAGAGUGGGCUCUCCUCAGGAUUCAUUUUACUCCAUGGACACUGGUAUGAAUAGAAUAGAUAAACAAUCCCAUAGUAAAGGUUUAAUGGAUCAUGAGAAUGAAGCUGGAACUGAGGGCUUCGAUGUUGAACGAACUCUGAAUACGGUAGCAUCAGGUUCUGUUGGAAUCAGGGACAGCAUGGCUAAUCAUUCAGGUAUCUGGUUGAAACCCAACAGUGACAACUUUACUCAGUGCAUUGAGCGGCCUAAAAGUCAUCAACUGCUAGAUGCAAAUACCAGUGGAUUUCUUCUCAUAAAUGCAAACGGUGGCUUGAAUCAGAUGAGAUUUGGGAUCUGUGAUAUGGUUGCUGUUGCCAAGAUAAUAAAGGCAACACUUGUCCUUCCUUCCCUCGAUCACACUUCGUAUUGGGCUGAUGAAAGUGGCUUUAAAGAUCUGUUUGAUUGGCAAUACUUCAUUGAGACUCUGAAAGAUGACAUUCAUAUAGUUGAGGCAUUACCACCUGCAUAUGCUGAAUUAGAACCUUUCUCGAAGACACCGAUUUCUUGGUCGAAGGCUAGCUAUUAUAAGUUGGAGGUCACACCACUUCUGAAGCAGCACAAAGUGAUAUAUUUUACCCACACUGAUUCUCGAAUCGCAAAUAAUGGUCUACCUAAUUCAAUACAAAAAUUACGCUGCCGUGUGAAUUACAGAGCAUUAAAAUAUUCAGCGCCAAUUGAAGAUCUUGGAAAAGUCUUGGUUUCAAGAAUGACACAGAAUGGAAACCCUUACCUUGCUUUGCAUCUAAGGUAUGAGAAGGAUAUGCUUGCAUUCACAGGCUGCAGUCACGGUUUGACAGCAGAAGAAGAUGAUGAACUUCGUAGGAUGCGCUAUGAGGUCAGUCACUGGAAAGAAAAAGAGAUCGACGCGUCCGAGAGAAGGCAGCUUGGUGGCUGCCCUUUAACCCCUAGAGAGACAUCUCUUUUACUUAAAGGAUUGGGCUAUCCAUCCAGCACUAGAAUUUACUUAGUUGCUGGUGAAGCUUUUGGAAAUGGAAGCAUGCAACAUCUUGUGGAAGAUUACCCAAACAUCUUCUCCCAUUCAACUCUAUCUACAGAUGAUGAACUGAGACCUUUUAGGAAUCACCAGAACAUGCUGGCUGGUUUGGACUAUGUUGUUGCCCUGCAGAGUGAUGUUUUUGUUUACACCUAUGAUGGUAACAUGGCUAAGGCAGUUCAAGGACAUAGGAGAUUUGAGGACUUCAAAAAGACUAUUAAUCCUGACAGAAUGAAUUUUGUGAAAAUUGUUGACGACUUUGAUCAAGGAAAAAUUUCCUGGAAAAAAUUCUCCUCCAAAGUGAAAAAGCUUCACAAGGACCGAAUGGGAGCACCGUAUAUGAGGGAACCUGGUGAAUUCCCCAAGCUUGAAGAGAGCUUUUAUGCAAACCCCAUGCCUGGAUGUCUUUGUGAGAAAAACAGAUGAAGGGCGGACUGUCACCAACUUGUAUUUCACCAAGGCUGAUGCUAAAUGGCUAAAGGAUUGAAUAGUUCUUAUCGAGUACUGGGCUUAGCUUCUGAAAUUAAUAGAGAAUUUGAUUGGCGGGAGGAUAUACACAAUUUUUUUUUGAAGUUGUGAAGUUGGAGCAUAGCAUGUAGAUGCAGGGGUGACUGAGGAAGUCCAGAGCAUAUAUUCAGGUUUCACAAAUCAGAAACUCAGUGGUUUUGAUGUUAUAAUUUAUACUUGUUGGUCUAGACUAUGGAGUACCAACUACAUACGAAUUACAUUAUACAAGUUUACGCGGAUUAUUGAAAUCCAUAAAGAAGAAUAUUACAGCCAGUUACUAGCCUGUCAUUCGGCUUGGUUAUUUUUGUUUAUUUAUUUACGCAAUAGGCACCAAGGAAGUAAUCAAAGUAGUGUGGAAAAGUGUUGUCAUUUUGUCAAUCAAGCGGAAUUCCUGCAUAAACAACAAUUUUCAUUUCCA